CCGGAAAUGUGCGUUUUCUUUGUGGACGACUUGACGGAGGUCUCCCUCAGCAGGCAGGGUUCUCCUUAAACGCAAACAAGAUAACGAAAAUGGGCUCGGCGGUGCGGUUAUCGUUACUCAGCCUCCUGCUGUGCCUACAGCUCGGCAGAGCUCCAGCCCGCAGUCCCCGUACGGCUGACCAGGUGUCUGAGGCCGACAUCCAGCGCCUCCUGCACGGUGUCAUGGAGCAGCUCGGCAUUGCUCGGCCCAGGGUGGAGUAUCCUGCCCACCAGGCUACCAACAUUGUUGGGCCUCAGAGCAUACAGGGUGGUGCCCAUGAGGGACUGCAGCAUCUAGGCCCCUAUGGAAACAUCCCCAACAUUGUGGCAGAGCUCACAGGGGACAAUGUUCCCAAAGAUUUCAGUGAUGACCACAGCUACCCAGACCCACCAAACCCCUGUCCCCUGGGAAAGACGGCAGCAGAUGGAUGUUUGGAAAAUGCUCCUGACACAGCUGAGUUCAGCAGAGAGUUUCAAAAACACCAGCACCUGUUUGACCCAGAACAUGAUUACCCUGCCCUGGCAAAGUGGAACAAGGAACUUUUGUACCAAAAACUGAAGGGUGGACCAAAGAGAAGAAAACGGAGUGUCAACCCAUAUUUAUUGGGCCAGAGGUUGGACAAUGUCGUUGCCAAAAAAUCAGUUCCUCACUUCUCAGAGGAAGAGGAGGAAGACGGACCUUCUGUCCCCGCUGCCAGCAAAUCCACAACCUAAACUCCUGCAAUACCCACUGCAAUAUUACAAUAUACUGUCAGAUAAAAGGUUUUAAUAAUUUAAGCAUUUUGGUUAACAGUCAGUGGGUCUUUGUGUGUGUUUUGUAAAUGCUUUGUUUGAUUGUAUUGCAAAAACAUGGGAUCUGUCAAGUUGUCUUUUGGUUUUAAAAAAAAUGUUAUUUCUUGAUCUCAGAGCUUUACAAACAGCAAUUACAAUGGACCUUGUUCUUUUCUUUUUUUUUUUUUUAAAGAUUGAAAAGCUAUUUUUGGUCGGUAGUUUGAAAUCUUGCCUUGGCAAUAAAAUAGGUUUUCCCUGAAACAACUCUGUCUCUUAGCAGAAAUGCUCACAAGUGAGAUAUAGGAAUGAAAAAAGAUCAGCCUGCCAUGAUAUCUGUCAUACUGUAUUUAUUAAAACACUGAAGAUCUGGGCUCUUUAUAGGGGGAAAAGGAGAUCUCAGUUCAUUUAUACCAACUGUUUGCUUCUUUUCUUAUUUUUAAGAGACGUAACACACUACCACAUUGCCAGAGAAUUAACCCUAAAUCAACCCCAAAAUAAUAGAAUAUAUGCUGGUAAAUACUGAUCUGACAGUGUACAGUAUAUCUAUCCCUCUAUCAUAACAAUACUUUGUAUAAAUAUAUUGAUCUGAACGAAUGUUAUAUCAAAGUUUUUCUUGGAUGUACAGAGAUUGGUUUAUUAAUACAAAUUCAUUUUGUAUGUGACGAAUUACUUUGGUGUCUUGUGUAAGAAGUGUAUUUCUAUUUCCAAUCAAAUACUUGCCAGUAAUUCUGGUAAAAGUCUUACUUUGCCAUUCAAAGGAUGAUGGUGCAAUACUUCACUAUAGCAUGUUCAGUAUUUAUUCACUGGGUUGCUUCAUCUUGUCUAAAUGGUUGUGUUCUGUUAAAUCAAAUAAACGGUUUAUCUGCA